AUGGAAGAUUGGUACCGUGAUUCGACCGACCAGCAACGAGGCGGGUACAAAGCUGAAUUUGCUUCGAUUUUACCAAAAAACUUAUGUAUCCAAACCGACUGCUUGAACGCGAUGGUGGUGCUGUUCACUCCGAUCGGCAACUACUCCAGCAGUCUCUUCGUCCAGGACUCGAUUGCUCAAGAUUUGUAUCCUAUGGUUGACCUCUAUCCGGCCGCCAUUUUGGAUAGUGAUGCCGAGGCGGAUCCUCUUGAGGAGGAAGAGGACAGUGAUCUCGAGGAGGAAGAGGCCCUUCAUGUUCGUAAGAAGCGUAAAGUUGCCGGUGCUGCAACGGAAUUUGCGGCCUCGUUUCAAUUUGACAUGUUCGGUGGCACAAAUGAUGCCGACAGAGAAAAUCAGGAUUUGAAGAAAUACCUGAAAAAGACGCCAACUUCGACCCUUGAAGAAAAGAUUGCGGCCGAACGGAAACGAAAGAGCACCGGGGAAGAAAUGAAGAUGUCGCUUGGGACCGAGAAUCCUGAUCAGGAGAUUGAGCAACUUGGCAAGGAUGCUAGAGAUGCCCUGAAAUUGAAGGACAAAAAGGGAAAGGGCAAGAAGAGCAAGGUGGAAAUGGAUUUCUUCGAAGAGUUGAAGGCUACAAAGGAUGAGGACCGGCUUUCAUUUGAUCAAAUGAACUUGAGCAGACCGAUAUUGAAAUCUAUCGGCUCGGCUGGGUACACGGAACCGACUCCAAUUCAAGAAGCUUGUAUUCCUGUGGGAUUGGCUGGAAAGGACAUUUGCGCUUGUUCGGCGACAGGUACAGGCAAGACGGCAGCUUUUGCUCUUCCAAUCCUCGAAAGGCUGUUAUAUCGCCCGUCCCAGCGCUCCAUUACCAGAGUCCUCGUCCUCGUGCCUACUCGUGAAUUGGCCAUCCAAGUCUUCCAAGUAUUCCGCAAGCUCUCCGUCAAUUUGCCGCAUCCGCCGGAUGUUUGUCUGUGCGCUGGCGCAAUUUUAUCUUCAAAACUUGUCAACAUCGGGAUGAGAUCCCGU